GAACAUAAUGAUUAAACAUAAAAUAUCAUAGGUAUCAGUCAAAUGUUAAUGUGAACAAGUUAACAGUUUUCUCGAGUUGUUAGUAAAAACAAAAUGAAACGUCAAUUUAUUUACGCGUGUCUACUGGUUUUCAUCAGCAAUGCCGCCGCUAUAACAUACGAUUAUAUGGACCAGAUGUGCGGGCAAACCAUUGACCUGAGUUUUUAUGACUCCGUGAGGUUACAGCUCACUUCCGGUAGCACUUACCGGCCAAAUAUGGAUUGUUAUAUUAAGGUCAAAACGGAUUACUCCAGUAGAAUCAUGCUCUAUUUUAAGAGCUUUGGAGUGGAAUCAACUUGUACAAAUGAUUGGCUAGAAGUACGGGAUGGCCAGUAUUCAUCCUCCUCAUAUGUGUCGGGUCUUAAUGGUCAUCAAUGCGGAUAUUAUAUGAGUAGCACGGUACGAAAGACAUCCGGUAAUUAUCUGUAUCUCCGAUUUGUCAGUGAUAAUUCACUCCAGUCGACUGGAUUUGAUAUGAUUUUGACAAGUUACCACACAGGUAUCUGUUAUUCCUACGAAUAUUCAUGCAGUAAUGGACGGUGUAUCGAUGAAACUCUCACGUGUAACGGUUAUAACCCGUGCGGGGAUUAUUCCGAUUGCAGUAUAGUUCUUGCCACCGGUUCCAUUGCAGGGAUUGUUGUCGGCUGCAUCUUCUUCGUCAUAGUCAUAUCCAUCGUUAUGGUGGUGGUGUGCCGCCGACGAAGACUAGCCUAUGUCGGAGCCCCAAUCCAACCAGUACAUGCUCCGGUCAAUGUUAUAACAACGUCAACUGGUUCCGGGGGAUAUAAUCAGCCUGUACCACAGCAAUAUCCACAGCCAUAUGUGCAGCAACAAAUGCCUCCACCGUAUGCUCCAGGCGGCCAAUACCCUCAACAGUACUAGUAACAAAGAAAAAUCGAACAAGAUUCACCGAACAAACACUUUAAUGCAAAGACUAUAUUCAUACAAUAAAUUGUAUAUUUUUUAUUAAAACAUGUUAAGCAAAAUGCACUGAAAGUUGAGUAACCAACAGUUAGAAAGAUGUCUGAAAAGAUAUACAUCGAUGCCAAAUUAUCUAUGUCCAAUGAGUAC